UUUUUUUUUUAAAUGAAAACAAAAACAGAAAAAGGAAGAGUUAGAAUUUGCUUUCUCUUUCUCGAUCCCUCUCUCUCAAAAUCGCUGUUCCUCUCUCACCCACCGCCACCGGCCGCCGCUCUCAAUCCCUCUCUCACUGCUCUCAAUCUCUCUCCCUCACCUCGCCGUAACGCCGUUCAAUCUUCCGCCGCAGCCGCACCACUGCUCAGCUCACCGCGCCGCACCACACCGCACCGCACUCACUCUUUCUCUUCGUCUCGUUUCAGAAACAACUUUGUCUUUUAAAUAUUAUUGUAUCUAGAAAUUUGGUUGAUAAAAUUCCCUCCAAAAUUUUGCCUAGGCUCUCUAAUAUUACUGGAAUCGCCACUGGGCUUACCUAAACUAAAAGACAUCAGACCAUGUCUGGGAGAAAAGAAACUGUUCUUGACUUGGCUAAAUUUGUUGAUAAAGGAGUUCAAGUCAAGCUUACUGGUGGUAGACAAGUGACAGGUACUCUGAAAGGAUAUGACCAGUUACUUAACCUCGUCCUCGACGAAGCUGUUGAGUUUCUGAGAGAUCCUGAUGAUCCACUGAAAACUACAGAUCAGACCAGAAGUCUUGGCUUAAUUGUUUGCAGGGGAACUGCUGUGAUGCUUGUGUCCCCAACUGAUGGUACAGAUGAGAUUGCAAACCCCUUUCUUGAGGCAGAUGGGGCCUAGGUGUAAAUGUUUGCACUAUAAAAUACCUUCUAUGUAUGCUAACCAAGCUACUCCUAUGUAUUAACACUUUUGCUUUGAUGAAAACAAAUCGCAUUUUGUGUUUGCUGAUUGAAUUGAAUAUUCCUAAAUGCGAAUUUAGAUGCUUAAAUGACAAUGUGAUAUCUUUCCUUC